GUCCAUCUUUUAUAUACUCUUUGCUCUGGUGUGGAAUGGAAUGGAAUUUGAAGUCCAUUUGAAAAAGGUGGAAAAGAGGUUUUAAAAUUUUAAUAUUUUGGAAAAAUACGAGACAGAUUGCAGAUUACUGAAAACAGGUCAACAGCAAUGGCACUAUCAUCAAUAAUACGUCGCACUUUUAUCAAUGGCGCACUGUAUUCCGCUGCAGCACUACGCUUUGCCUCAACUCAGCAAGAAAAAAAAGUUUACUUUGAUGUAACUGCUGAUGGAGAGCCACUUGGGCGUAUUGUCAUGAAACUUAAUGCUGAUGAAGUCCCUAAAACAGCUGAAAACUUUAGAGCGUUAUGUACUGGUGAAAAAGGAUUUGGAUACAAAGGUUCAUCAUUCCAUAGAAUAAUUCCCGACUUUAUGUGCCAAGGAGGUGAUUUUACUAACCACAAUGGUACUGGCGGGAAAUCAAUUUAUGGUCGUACAUUUAUGGAUGAAAACUUUAAGCUGAGGCACACUGGCCCCGGGAUAUUGUCCAUGGCUAAUGCAGGACCUAACACAAAUGGAUCGCAGUUCUUUAUUACAACUGUAGCCACACCUUGGCUGGACCGCAAGCAUGUUGUAUUUGGAUCAGUAGUAGAAGGAAUGGAUGUAGUUAAAAAGAUGGAAAAUCUUGGUUCUCGAAAUGGAACACCCUCCAAGAAAGUUGUCAUUGCAGAGUGUGGUGAGUUAGAUUGAAUACUGGUCGUGUAAAUUUAUGAGAAAUAGUUUUGUAGUUAUGAAUCAUCUCUAGUAUGUAGUAUGUUAAUUUUGUAAUUACAGUAGUUAGUGUUUUAUGAAUAAAAUACUUUGUAAUGGCAUCAUUAGAAUGUUGGACAUGAAUUUUGCUAUGCAAUAUUGACAUAUUUUCUCUUUUAAAAGGUGCCAUGGAUGAAUCUAUUGAGAUUUCCAAAGCUCAACAGCAAUAACUAAGAUGUGUUGUGAUGGAUGGAUGUUUAAAAUAAAAAUGUUUUA